UCGACCGAACUCCGUCACCCUGAAUACUCUGGUCAAUGGGCUUUGUUCCAAGGGUAUAAUUUCAAAAGCAGUGAUGCUUGCCGAUGAGAUGUCGAGCAUUGGGUUCGAGCCCAACUCAGUCACCCGUGCAACAAUUAUAAAGGGUUUGGUGAGGACUGGCAAGACUGACCUUGCCGUCAGAUUGAUCGGCAAGUGGGAGAAAGUGAGCGGCAGGCUGGACGCAUUUGCUUAUAACACAGCCAUUGAUGGCUUAUGCAAGCAGGGACGAGUAAUAGAGGCUUUCAACCUCUUUAACAAAAUGGUUUUCCAAGGCAUUCAACCCGACAUUGUCACUUAUAACUCCCUCAUUCAUGGUCUUUGUUGUUCGAUCCAGUGGAAAGAGGCUGUCGUCCUGUCAUAUAAGAUGAGAGAUAAGGGUGUUCAACCAAAUUUAUUGACUUAUACCUCCUUGCUUCACGGUUUAUGCCAGCUAGGUCGAUGGAGAGAAGCCAGCACUCUGUUGAAACAAAUGGUGGCGGAGGAGAUCCAACCAGAUGUCGUUACUUAUAACACUUUGAUUCGGGGUCGGUGCAACUUGGGGCAGUAGCAUGAGGUCCAGGUACUGUUUCAGGAGAUGGAGCA